AUGGCCAGCUCCAUUCCGUCGCGCCCCGUGAGCUUGGCCCAGAACGAGCACUCAGGCAGCCUGGACGGCAGCAUGACUUUUGAGGAAGCCAUGGCGAACACGGACGGCUUAAAGGUGAUUACCUUGGAAAAACCCAUGAUUGUUCACAAAGAGCCAGGCUUUGUGAGCAUAGGUGACCUUCCAGCAGUCAACAACCUCACAGAUGUCCUCAAAAAGAAAACGCAAUUCCUGGACGUCAUUAUGGGGUACGAAGGACCAAUUGACUUCAAGAGCCUGGAGCAGUUGUUCUUGCAACAGCGCUACGCCGACCUCCCUGACCCCAUCCGCAACAAGGGCAGGGUGGAAGUGGCUUACAAUAUGCAGUUGGUCAUUGUGCCCUGUGAUGACAGCAAACACCACAUCAUCAAGCAUGUCAAGUUCGUGGACGGCACCAAGGUACUCCACUCCACCAUACUUAGUAUGUGCUCGGGUCAAGCCUUGGAGAUUGACUAUCAGGGCCGCUACAGAGAUGGAGGUCGUGCCUUCCAGUACAUGCUAGAGAAUAUGGGCGGGUUUCAGGUUCGCUAUCAGAAGCUGGUUCCUGCAGGAGCUUCCAACAAGGUUCCGAAAGAAACGGAGGACAUCAGGCGAGGCUUCCACUUCAUCAAGGACCACGGGCCCGAGGACAAUGCUCAGGGCGAGUUCACCAUUUGGACCGAGGAACAGGUGAACGACCCCAGUGGUCCCUUGUACCGUUGGGAGCGCGGCGUAAUCAAGGAGUACCUCAGGUGUCUAGCUGACGCAGGUUCACAGGCCAAUACCAUCAGGGAUUGGCCUCUGACCUUGAAGAGCUUUACACCUUGGGCACUCAAUGACGUGAUUAUGCCCUUGCUACCCUUCUUGAAAGAGCACGCCGUUAUCUACAUUGGGAGAUCGCAGGUGGGAAAAAGUCCGCUUUCCUACACCCUUUCUUCCUUGAUCUCGGCUUAUUGGCUCUUUCAAGAGGGCAAGACAGACACUCCUCCGAUGUUUCAGACAUGCAGUCAUCUGGACUAUUUCCGAAAGGAAAAAGGCCGGAAGACCAAGCCCAGGGUGUUCGACGAUGGGAACCUCAACCUCGAGCACCCUGCGUCUGUGAAGGCGGUGACAGAAGUCUCGGGUCUGGACCGGAAAACAAUUGCGCGCUGGAAUGCCAGCUCGUAUGAGAAGAACCAGCUGUGCCAAAUCUGUUCCAAUCCGUAUGAUAAACAGAUUGAGCCGGCCAUGGUGCUCAACACGCCCUCAGACUUCGUCCCGUUCCAGACCUUCUUUAACAUCGUGAGACCUUCCUUCCACAAGGACUUCAACGACGAGGACCUCAUGGGUAUUUUCAAGCGGUCUGUCGUCGUUGUGUUCACCCAGGUUGCUAUCUACAUCCGAUUGCCGGGUACCCAAACAGACCCCGUCAAGCGGCUGGCAUGGCCGGAGGGAGAUGUAGGGAUGGUCUCCCCUUGCGCACGUCCCACCUAUGACGCCUUCCUGAAGGGAGAACUCGUCGCCCAACCUUCUUCGUUCAAUGACGAUUUGCAGUGGAGUCUCAAUCUUUUACAGGCUGCAUUUGACAAGGAGCCCGUUGAUGUCUACUAUCUCCAUGAAGCGGCAGAUCUUGAAAGUGCUGGGCCUCAAACCAAAAAGCUCAAAUCCGUCAGGUCAUCCUCUGCACUUUUGGGCACGGAGAAGGUCGAAGAUGCGAACCUCAAGAGCGACUCUUCUUUAUCCGCACCGCCCGCACCCGCACCAUCUUCGCAUGCCGCACCUGGCCAUGGACUCGUGAAGAAGGAGCCCCAGGAGACGACGCCUUCCGCCUUCAAGCAGGCCUUCGGAAAGAGGGUCCUGCAGCUCAAUAUCUCCAGCGGGUCCGAAACGGCGGCGCCCGCGGAGCUUCCCAAACCCUCCCCAAAGGAUGAGGCGAGCGACUCCGAAAAGGCUGUGCUUGCCGAAUCUUCCAAAUCCUCUUCAAAGGACGAGAUGGAUGUUGAUGAAGAGUUCCCGUACAACCUUUCCCAAGAACUUGAGGAGGAGUUUGAAAAAUGCGAUGACGCCGGCGACGAGUGA